AUGGGUUAUAUGGAUGGGAAAUGGGCACCUGUAAUCAUGAUGAUAGUUGUUAACUCAACUUUGGGAAUUGUUAAUGCCCUACUCAAAUAUGUUGUUCUUGAUGGAGGUAUUGAUCAUAUGGUAAUAGCUACUUAUCGUUUAGCUCUCUCUACCGUUUCUCUCGUUCCAAUCGCAUUUUUGUUAGAAAGGAAAACGAGGCCGAAGAUGACACUAGGCAUCUUGUCUCAACUAUUCUUCUGUGCCCUUAUAGGGUCUAGUCUAACACAAUAUUUCGCCUUACUUGGACUUGGACGCACUUCUGCUUCAGUGUCAUGUGCUUUCUCGAGCAUUUUGCCUGCGUUUACAUUUGUCAUGUCUUUAUUAUGUCGGUACGUAUAA